AUGGUUUGUAUAAAGGCAGUGAUUAAUUAUUUAGCCACACGAAGUGUAAUUUUUCUUCUAUUAUGCAUUGUAUACAAAGAGACAGCUUUUAGUGUAUAUAGCAGAAGAAAUAUUUUUAAAUAUAACACAAAUCCACAAAAAGCGCCAGUUUAA